UUUCGUUUUGGCUGUUUAUCUGUUUCAAAAAUUAUUCUUUUUUUUGGCCUUUUCUUUUGGUGCGUAUUUCCGCUAUGCCUCUCAAUGUUAAUAAGAAGCACAUGCCGCGCUAUGUGCAUUCCAUCAACUUUGGCGUGUCCGCAACGAUGGCAGCCUUCGUUUUGCAUCCGGUGGACUUGGUCAAGGUCCGAAUGCAGCAGGCCACCAAGGGCGAGUUCAAGAGCUCCCUGGAUUUACUGGUGAAGGUGGUCAAAAACGAAGGCAUCCGGGCCUUGUACAAAGGACUGAGUGCCGGAUUGAUACGACAGAUGACGUACACGACGAUUCGAGAAGGAUUUUUCGAUUGGGGGUGCCUCUAUCACCGCAAGCUGUACAACCGUCGUGCGCCUUUUUAUUUAAGGAUGGGAAUUUGCAUUUUAGGGGCAGGUAUUGGAGCCUUGAUUGCAACCCCGGCGGAGGUGGCCAUGAUCCGAAUGAUGUCCGAUAAUCGGUUGCCGCCGGAGGAGAGGCGCAACUACAAAAAUUUAGUUGAUGCUUUUGCUAGGAUCGCAAAGGAAGAGGGAGAUGAAGGAGUGCUCGCCCUCUGGCGAGGUUGCAUGCCCACCGUGGGGCGUUCCAUGGUGGUCAACAUGUUGCAAUUCGGUUCCUACUCCCAGUUAAAGGGAUUAAGACCCGAAUACUUCUCUGGUCUGUCGCUCCAGAUUUCGGCCGCGAUGUUGACCAGCGUGUUGACCACCAUGGCCUCAAUGCUCCUCGAUAUGGCCAAAACGAGAAUCCAGCAGCAGAAGACGGGCGAGUACAAGGGCAUCUUCGAUGUCCUGAUGAAGGUGUCCAAGAACGAGGGUAUUUUUGCUCUGUGGAAGGGCUUCACACCCUACCUGUUACGUAGAGGUCUGAACAUUGUGUUUGCAGACUUCUUUACCGAACAGCUCACUAAAGCCUACAAGCGUUAUGUGCUCGGUGAGGACUAA